UAUGUGACGGGACAGAGCAGAGGAACAACUCUGUGACAUGAGCUUGGACGUUUUUUUUAGGAAAGGGCCUGUGAGCUGAGACCAGAGGAGAUCUUCAGCUGGCCUGGAGUCGAAUCGUCUGACAGAGAGGAGAAGAAGAACAGAGGAGAAACAAAGGAAGAAACCUAAAGAGAGGAAAAGAGAAGAAUUGAACUGAAGAAGUAAUAGGGGGGUGUUGACCCCUCCACCCUACAAGUCAACUUGCAUCAUCAUGGACGCAGACAUCGGCCCACAUCAUGCAAACAGCUCCUCACAGCAUCAAGACACAGAGUUAUUCUCGUCUGAUGAGGACAGCAGCCUCUACUUCACCUACAGCGGGGGGUGCAAUGAGCUGGAGGUCAACAACCUGCACUAUGAGGUGGACACGGCAGCUCAGAUUCCCUGGUACGAGAGGUUAUCAGAGUUCAAGUUGCCGUGGGAGAUGAAAGGAGACAAGCAGACAGCCAUAAACAAGCUGAGCCUGAGGGUCCGCAGCGGGCAGAUGUUAGCCAUCAUUGGCAGCUCAGGUUGUGGUAAAACCUCCCUGCUGGACAUCAUAACGUGUCGUGAUGAGGGCGGGAAAAUGACAUCCGGUCAGGUUCUGAUUAACGGGAAGCCCAACACUCCCCAGCUGGUGAAGAAGAGCAUCGCUCAUGUUCGGCAGGAUGACCGCCUUCUUCCUCACCUCACCGUCCGCGAAACUCUCGCCUUCGUUGCCAAACUGAGGCUCCCCACCCACUUCACCCAGGCUCAGAGGGACCAGAGGGUGGAUGAUGUCAUCGCAGAGCUGCGGCUGCGACAGUGCGCUCACACCAGGGUGGGAAACGACUAUGUGAGGGGGGUCUCUGGAGGGGAGAGGAGGAGAGUCAGUAUAGCUGUUCAACUUCUCUGGAACCCCGGUAUUCUGAUCCUGGACGAGCCCACCUCAGGUCUGGACAGCUUCACGGCCCACAACCUGGUGCUCACCCUGUCCCGCCUGGCCCGGGGGAACCGCCUGGUGCUGCUGUCCGUCCACCAGCCGCGCUCCGACAUCUUCCAGCUGUUCGACCUGGUGGUGCUGCUGUCGUCGGGAUCAGCUGUUUACUGUGGCGCUGCCCGGGACAUGGUGCCGUACUUCACUGCCCUGGGAUACCCCUGCCCACGAUACUGCAACCCCUCUGACUUCUAUGUUGAUCUGAUCAGUAUCGACCGGCGCAGCCCCGAGCGAGAGGCCGAGGGUUUGGAGCGCUCCACGGUUCUGGCGGAGCGUUUCAUGGAUAAGGUCCGAGACACCGAGGAUCACAUGUGGAAAUCAGAUGGCGCCAACACAACACCCACACAAACUAAAAGCCCUCAGCAGCUGAGCAAAGAAAACGGAGAGGAAGUUAUCACCAUCGCUAAACAAAAGAAAAGACUGCCUGGCCGGGUUCACCAAUUUACCAUCCUCAUCAGGCGUCACAUGUACAAUGACUACAGAGACCUGGCCACCCUAUUGGUCCACGGCUUCGAGGCGCUGCUCAUGUCCCUGCUGGUCGGGUGUCUGUACUACGGGGCGGGAGAGGAGCGUCUCUCCAUCCAGGACACGGUGGCCCUGCUCUACAUGAUCGGAGCGCUCACCCCAUUCGCUGUGGUGCUGGACGUCAUCGCCAAAUGUCACUCAGAGAGGGCCAUGCUGUACCACGAGCUGGAGGACGGCAUGUACUCCGUCACCUCCUACUUCUUUGCCAAGGUGCUGGGGGAGCUGCCGGAGCACUGUGUGUUCACGCUAGUGUACGGCCUGCCCAUCUAUUGGCUGGCCGGGCUGAACACAGAGCCGGAGCGCUUCCUGCUCAACUUCAUGCUAGUGUGGCUGAUGGUGUACUGCAGCCGCGCCAUGGCUCUGUUCGUGGCCGCCGCGCUGCCCACCCUGCAGACCUCCUCCUUCGCGGGGAACUCCUUCUUCACCAUCUUCUACCUGACCGGAGGCUUCGUCAUCAGCAUGGAGAACAUGUGGCAGGUGGCCUCGUGGGUCUCCCACACCUCCUUCAUGCGUUGGGGGUUCGACGGGCUGCUGCAGGUUCAGUUCAGAGGCAACAUGUACCCCGUCUCCAUCAGGAACUUCACCUUCAAUGUGGACGGCAUACACGUGGUGGAGGCCAUGCACAUGAACCAGUACCCUCUGUACGCCUGCUACCUGGUGCUGCUGGCCGUCUGCCUGGUCUUCAUGGCGCUCUACUACGUGUCCCUGAAGUUCAUCAAACAGAAGUCCAGUCAGGACUGGUGAACACAUCUGGACCAGACGCUGUUUCAAAUCACAUUUGACUUUAGGAAGUGUUUUGUUCUGCAGGAGUGGAGGGAAGUCAUUUAGGUUCUUGUUCGACUGGUUCGACAUUUUAUCAGACAUUUGCUUAAUUUAAGGGGGAAAAGGUAAAUAUAUGAGUAUGUUUUGAAUUUGAAUUCCCCUUUUCACAAUAAUCUCAACAUCAAAAACUCCUGCACUUGUUUUAAUAUCAAAAACACAUGAAAUGACUUCCCUGACACCUCAGUAAUCCUUAAAGUCACCCUUCUUGGUGUAUUAAAAAAUCCUAAAAGUGAAACUGUUUCUCAAAUGUGUGACUAGUCAAAAACAAUUAACACAUUUUCAAAGUUGAAGUCUGGGAAUGAUUGGUUGUGCUAGAUUUCUUCUCGCUGCAGUACUGCUGUCUGCUGCUGGGUGGCAGCAGAGCAUUGCACUAACAGUUUAAAUGAAGUGAUUUUCUUUCCCUCCCUCUCUUCUCCAUCUUGGCCGAUGAUUAGAGCGCCACUUUGGCAGAUAUCCAUCUGCAGCUUUUGCUUGUUCCAUUUUCAAUCUUCUUUUUUCCUACAGCUUUAUCUUUUCUUGUAUAUGUAAGGUUAUUAAGCUUAACAAUGUGUGUGCCAGUAUAGGGCGCACAGAAAAAAAAGCCGUAGAGAUUUAGUAAGUCACACUCAGAAAUAAAAGAGCUUGUACUUGUGUCCUCAAAGAUUGAAGAUUAUGUAAUUGUAAGCUGUGUCUUUGCACUGGUGCAAAAGCCUGAUAAAUAUGUGACUGACGGGGUUCAAGUCCGAAUGAGUAAACUAUUAAAUCAAA